AUGCAAGUCAAGGCAGCAGUUGCAUCAGGAGGAAAUCCUCCAGUUUACAAAAAUAUUGAAAUCGAAGCACCUAAACCGGGAGAGGUUGCAAUUGAAGUAAUCGCGGUAGGAUACAGCAACCUUGUCAAAGCAAGAGCAGAAGGAAGACAUUAUUCGUCUGGGUCUAUGGAUAAGGAAUCGCUUGUGGGAGUGGAUGGCGUGGGAAAGGUCCAAGGAACCGACGAUUUGGUUUAUUUCGUCAAUUUGGGACCUGGCAAAGGCACCUACCUGGAAGUGGUGAAUGUCUCAAAAAAUUUCGUUUACCCAUUCCCUAAGGAAACCGAUGAAAAGGCACCCGCAAGAGUUGCGGCAUUGGCCAAUGGCGGCAUGGCGUCGUAUAUGGCUCUCUUUGAUAGAGUAGGAGAUGUUCCUGCCGAUGCCAAAAUCGUCGUUUUAGGAGCUACUGGAACGGCUGGACAGCUUGCGAUUCAGCUGACAAAGAAGAUUUUUGGAGCCAAAACCGUGGUGGGAGUGGGCCGCUCUGCCGAAAAACUUGCAAAGUUGAAGCAAUCGCAGCCAUUGUUGGACGGAGUAAUCGCGCUCGAUGAAGACGAAGAUAAGAUCAUUGCCAGUGAAUUGUUGAAUGAUGUAGACAUUGUCCUUGAUUUCUUGUGGGGGAAACCAGCAACAAAGAUCUUAGCGGCUGCUGUCAAGUCCAAAACGGAAAAAAGUAAGCGUUUGGCUUGGGUGCAAAUUGGACUGCUUGCAGGCGAAGACUUUUCUGUUCCAGCAGCGUUUCUCAGAAGUUGCAACCUUGUGAUCUUGGGUAGUGGUAUUGGUCCACUGAGUGCUGAACAGAACAAAAAGGUGCUUCAAGGUGUCACCGAAGCUUUGGCGCUGGGAAAGCUUGAAAUAAAUUACAGAGAAGCGGCUCUAGCAGACAUCGCUGAAGAAUGGGCUAAACCCAUGGGCGAUGUGCGCACGUUCUUUAAGGUCAAAUAG